AUGUCGGAAAUGGACACAAAUGAUGCUGAUACACCUCGUAGUGAGCCAAAAAUGUUUACAUUGAAGAAAUGGAACGCGAUUGCCACAUGGAAUUGGGAUGUGGAAUGUGAUACAUGCGCGAUUUGCCGAAUUCAACUCAUGGGUAAGUGUUUGUUGUUGAGAUUUAUGUGUUUAGAAACGUGCCUCCGGUGCCAAUCUGAUUCCAAACAAGAAGAAUGUGUUGUGGCAUGGGGAGAGUGUAACCACUGCUUUCACAAUUGUUGUAUGUCGUUGUGGAUAAAGCAGAACAACAGAUGUCCGUUGUGUCAACAAGACUGGGAAGUUCAACGUAUCGGAAAAUAA